AUGAUACGAUAGAAUAUAACCUGCAUGCAGGACCGGCAAUAUAUAUGAGGAGCAAGAAACAGAAAAACACAAAAAUUUAACAAGAAGAAGAAGUUCUGAAUUAACAAUGGCAGCGAUUUCAAUAACCAAAACCGUCAUGUUGAGUCUCUCAAAAACCUUCCACUACUCCCGUCCUAUCUUUCUCGGAUCCUCCAGUAAAGUCUCCCGGGUCUGCUUCACUUCUGCCUCAAAACAUAUCCAGGGUCGAAAUGCAGAGGAGGAGAAUAGAGACAGAGCAUCGGAUUUUACUGAUAUAGCCAGAGAAGCUACAAAAGAAGGCGUUGAAAGAGCCAGAGAGCGCGCAGAGCGGGCAAAAGAACAGUCUAAGGAAAUGAAAGAAAAGGCAAAAGACCGCGCAGAGCAAAUGAAAGAAAACGCAAAAGGUUAUGCUCAUGAAACCAAAGAAAGUGCCAAAGGCAUGGCUCAAUCGGCUGCAGAGAAGACCAAGGAAGGAGCUCAUAAAGCAACAGAGACUGCAAAGAAAACAAAAGAGAAAGCAGAAGAUUAUGCAUAUGAUACUAAGGAGAAGGCAAAAGAAGGGACGGAUAAAGUAGCGGACACUGCGCAUGAUGUGAAGGAGACGGCAAAAGAGUAUGCCGGAACGGCGGCUGAUAAGGCAAGAGAUGGGACAAUAAAGGUGGUGGAAACGGUGGGUACUGUAGGAGAGAAAGCGAAGCAGACAGUAAAGGGAGCGUGGGAUGCGGCGAAGGGGACAACACAGAAGGUAAAGGAGACUCUGGUUGGUAAAGAUGAUGAUGACGAUGAUGAUAAAAGAGAGAAGACGAUGGAUGAGGAUGUGGUGGAUUUGAGGAGGCGGGCCGGUGGAGGAGAAAGCGAUGAUGUUAAGAAGAGAAAGGAUUAGUUCAAAGUAUAAUUUUAAGAAGUUGGUUAAUUGGUUCUUUUUGUCGAGUUUAAUUAAAUUAGAGACUAUGGCCAAAUAAAAUAAAUGGAAUGCAUGGUUUAUUAUCUUGUAGCUCUCUUAUAAUCUUGUUUCUUAAGAAAAAUCAAUGGAUAUAUGAAGUUUUCAAUUA